ACUUCCAAAGGCCGUGAGCAUGGCUGAAUGUCGCCGGAUCCUGCUUUGGGUGCUGACUUGCCUCGGGUUGGUGCUGGCCGAGGAGGACAGAAGCCCUGCGGUCAUGGCCAGGAUCACGACCAAAGGCCUCGAGUAUGGCCUCCAGAAGGGGGUCGCCCUCCUGCAGCAAGAGCUGAGCCAGACGAGACUGCCCGAUGUCACGGGGAAGGUCAAAAUCAUACGUGGUUUAGAAGUGCAGUACAAGUUCCAUAGGCUGAGCAUCCACGACUUCCAGCUGCCCAAGGCGAGGAUUACUCCGCUCCAGAGGGUGGGGCUCCUCGUCUCCAUCUUCGAUGCCUUCGCAGAGCUGAGAGGACUGUGGCGGGUGGACAGCUUCCUGGCCCGAGCUAGCGGCCACCUGUCCGUGGAGAUCGAGGGCAUUUCCGUCUUCGUCAGACCGCGGCUGGGUGUCGACUCUUCUGGGAAGCUGACCGCUGCCAUCUCGUACUGCAUCACCCAGGUGUCAGAGAUCCGCAUGAAGAUUUCCAGCCGCCAGAGCUCGCUGAGCGUCUUCCUCAAAGACGUGACGGAGGACGUCAAAAGGGCACUAGAAGAGCAGGUCUGUGAAGUGGUGACCAAAGUGGUGGAACUCAAAGUGCAUCCGCAUCUACAGUCUCUGCCAGUCAGAGCAAUGAUCGACAAGGCGAUUGGCGUGGACUUCUCCCUGGUCGGCCCUCCUCUCACAACACUGAAUUCCCUAGACAUCGGCCUGAAGGGCGAAUUCUUUUCCAGCUCUGGGCCCGCUGCUGCUCCGGCCUCACCGCCUCGCCUGUGCUUCCCGGCCGAACAGAGCCGCAUGGUCUACCUGGCAACCUCCAGUCACUUCCUCAGCCAGGCCGCCGAGGUCUUCUACCAGGCAGGGCGGCCGAAGUUCGAGAUCACCAGCGACAUGAUCCCCGGAGAUGCCCCAGUCCAGCUGAACACGGCCUCCUUUCAGAGCUUCAUCCCACAGCUGCAGAAGCUGUACCCCGACGCGCCCAUGAAACUGUGGAUCACGCCUUCCUCGGCCCCGCUCGUGACCGUCGACGGGGGCUCCCUGCGGGCGGCGGCGGCCCUCGACAUCCAGGCGCUGGCCAUCCUCCCCGACGCGCAGGAGGCGCCCUUGUUCCUGCUCCAGGCAUCCAGCAGCGUCGCCGUCCGGCUGGCGGUGGAGUCCGGCAGGCUCGUCCCGCGCGUGGAGCUGGGCAGGAUCGAGCUCUCCUUGGCGCGCUCGCAGGUGGGGGCGUUCAACGUGCCUCUGAUGACGGCUGUCCUGAACAUGUACGCUCCGGAUAUCCUGGCUCCCCGAAUUAACGAAGGACUCUCGGAGGGGUUCCCGCUUCCCAUUCCCGGCAAUCUGCAGCUGCACAACCUCGUCAUCCAGCCCCUGCAGGACUGCCUGGUCUUUGGCGCCGACAUCCGCUACCGUCUGUGAGGAGGCAAAGCAGGAGUGAAGCACAUUGGAAGGCAAACCGUAGCGUGUUCGCUGCUGCUGCUGCUGCUGCUGCUGCUGCUUUUAUGUUCUGAAUUAGGGGGGCAGGAGGAAGGAUCCCGCGGGGCAGUCCCCUCCCUUCGCGCUGGCAUGCUGUCUUGGCCUCAAGAAAACACGUAGUGCGGAACAAGCGAGGCCAAAUGCCAUUUUGGCGUUCCAGGAAAGGGCAAAGCGAGCCGAUGUUCAUCUUAGGGUGGGUAAGACAGAUGGGUAAGAAACCACAGAUAUGUUCGCGGUGUGUGGGGGGGGGGGCUGAGCACCCAGAAUCUGGGACUGGGCACCAGGGGUCUGUGCAGCCCAUUCCACGGAUGGCUCAUGGGCUGUCGCACCUUCUGUUCCGUCGUCGGCUUUCAUACACACUUGUGCAAAUUCAGAAUUGUGCAAAUCCGCACUCCUGAAAAUAUAUCCCCCCCACACACACACAAAUAUAGAACCCCUGAAACAGGGCAGGUUUUCACACUUCAGCCUCUGGGAAAACAUGCAUUUUGGUCUAUUUUAUGUAUGUUUCUAUGACUAAAUUUGUGUAAUGUUACAUAAAAUGCUUUUAAACGGUC